UUGGAUAUUGGAUUAAACGGUUGUUAUGUCAACAAGGAGUGUGUAAAUUAUGCCUAACUUAAAUGAAAGACAGAAUCUUUCAGAUGGUUUGAAAAAUGAUGAUCUUUUCAAGACAUCAUAUGGAGUUGGACACCAUUGGAGACCUGGAUUUUACUUUCCAGAUUCUAUCACCAUGUUGAAACUUAACAAUGUAGAGCCUUGUGGUAUAGAAAAUGAGUCCCAAGUGAAAGCUGCGGAUCACUUUCAAACAACAAAUAGUUCUGUCCAUGAUCAGAAGAUUCUCCCGGAAAUUCUCAAGAGUUCACACAAUCCACCUCCGCCUCACCACUGGGAUCUUCAUUACAUAAAUGAUUUUCGUUCGCGAUAUCUUGCCGGGGGCUAUAGGAGGCCUCUAAGUCCAAGUCAACAAACAACAGAGAUGAAAGAUUCAUUCAGAGGUGCUGAAGGCCCCAGUGAGUUGUGGCGCCCCUUAUCAAUGAAACCUUUUGAAUUGGAAGAUCACCAUAAAGAUGGACCAUCAAAGAAAAUUAUCGCAUCCACAGAAAACCCGGAUUUAUCUAGGAGAAUAUUGUAUCCUAAAGAUAAGGAGAUAUUAAGGAAUCUAGAUCCGUAUCUCACAACUAAUAUGAAAGAUCACAGGAUGUGGACACGCGAAGAACUAAACGAUGUGGCGAAAAAUAGAAUAGCAACCUACUGGAAUUCGAAAGAAUACCCUGAGUCAAAAGGUUUUGGAUUAUCUCCGAAUCCAUUGCCUAAGGAUGGUAUUAAAAAUGAAAAACUGCCUAUGCGUGAUACACUUCAGUUCAAGUAUGCCACAGAUCAUGUACGUGUGCGACCAAUCUCUUAUCAUGUACCACAUACAGGUCUUGAAACUACUUAUCAAUCAGAAUAUGCACAACCGAACAGUAUAUUAAGAAAAGCUGAUUUAGUCUGUCCCGUGGAUACACCAUACACUCUACCAGAUCCUGGUACAGCUUUAGUUCAUGCAGCGCCAGAUAUGUAUAAAACGGAGUAUUCACUCAUAGGUGAAUGUCAGAGAACAUUAUUAUGAAAAAUGGGUUGCAGAGAAACGGAGAAGAAGAAAAAGAUUUGUAAAGAAAGUCAUACACACAAAAAAAUAAGCAAAGACAGAAUGAAUUCCAGUAAUAUACUUCUCAAUAUGAACAAGUGUAUUGUCUAAAUAUUUACAAGUUCAUUUUCUCGAACCAUGAAAUUUUCACCCCUUUUUGAUUUUUACUUUUCAGUGCUUGAUUGUUAAACCAAUGCACUUUAUUAUUAUUUUCUUUGUCGGUGUGUUUAUGUCUCUUUAUGUUAAUCGUUGUUCUAUCAGCUUGUUUCUUCGUUUACAUCUAUCUGUCAAUCCACUUAUCUUAGGAUGCACCAUUAUAGUGUAAUUGCCUGCAUACACCUCAAUACAAAAUAGCGGUAUAUAUAAAUUUACUUAGAAACGAAC